AUGCCCAAUUCUGUCAGUGAAAAUUAUUUUUCAAGCUCAUUUACUAAUAUGAUUACAAAAGGAAUACUUACAUUUGAACAAAAAUUUUCCUAUGAUGAGGGAGAAACUGAGAGUUUGGUUUCGAAAAUGGUAUUAAACCUUAACCAAAAACCUACAGAUAGAGGCAUUAUUGGCCAGAAAUGUGAUUUUCAUAUACAAAAGGAUGGGUUUGAAUAUUUGAUUGGUUUGCAUGCUGAUGGGUUACCUGAAGCUUGUAAAUCAAAAAAAUGGAAUGAUAGAGUUGACUUGGCAGUGGCAAUGAGGGAUGUCCUGUUAAAAGAAGGAAUUGAAAAUAAUGGGUCUGGGACACUUUACCAAUACCCACUUUACUGA